CGACCAGUGGCAUUAAGUAGGUAGCGUGGAUAUCAGUUGACUGUAGUAAGGUGAUACCGACAGAUGCUGUUAGAUUCAGCCACCGCUAUAUACAGUGUGUAUACAAAAUUAAGUGUUACAGUGAUUAGUGACUACGUUUGAAAUGAACUUGAAUCAGUUUCUAGAUUGCGAUAAACAAGUAUCUCCUCGACUUUACGACUUCGGUCAAAUUAAAUUGGAAGCGGAUAAUCCAUCGCCAAUUUUAACCCCACCACAUACACCGACGUACUGUAACAUGUCGCCGCCGUUAGUAAAUCUCCCUUAUCCUCAAAGCUGGUAUCGAUCUGAUUCAAUGGAACCGAACUUUCCAACGGUGCAUUCAUACAACGCAGUUUUCAUGAAUCAUUGGUUCAGAAACGCUGCCAUUUACCAUACCAGGGAUCAUUAUCAAGAUAUGAACAUGCCAAAUAGGACACCUACUGGACCUAAACCUCUGGGAACUACAACGAGACCGAAAAAACAAUUCAUUUGCAAAUAUUGUAAUAGACAAUUUACUAAAAGUUAUAAUUUGUUAAUACACGAACGUACUCAUACAGACGAAAGGCCGUAUUCUUGUGAUAUAUGCGGAAAGGCUUUCAGAAGACAGGAUCACUUGAGAGAUCACAGAUAUAUUCAUAGUAAAGAAAAACCCUUCAAAUGCAACGAAUGCGGCAAAGGUUUCUGUCAAUCUCGAACUUUGGCCGUACAUAAAAUCCUACAUUUAGAAGAAUCGCCGCACAAAUGCCCCGUAUGUUCAAAAUCCUUCAAUCAACGAUCGAAUCUUAAAACCCACAUGUUGACUCACACGGAACGUCCCGUUGAAUGUAUGCUGUGUUCACAAUUUUUCGUGAAUUACACGGAACUCAAAAGUCACGAAAUGACGCACUGUCAAAGGAAGUCGACAUACGAAUUACAGGUACCUAAUUUAGUGACCGCAGCUACUACUUGUUUGGAUUUAACAACGAAAAAAGUUAGCGACGAUCAUUCUAAGACUAAUGUUAAACUAGGUUUUUCCAUAGAGGAUAUAAUGAAACGUUGAUUCAGAUCUUUAAACAUAUUUAUCAAAAUGUUGACUCGUUUUAAAAGAAGUUACUCAAGUUUCAUAUUUUAAUAAAUUCAUUUGAAUUACUUCUAGCGCCGCGACUCGAGCUCUCGUUCACCGACGAGUUUAUACGAUCUAGAUUUAUUCUCGAAUGUUCUGCUUCGAGAUUUCUAUUGAGCCCUUCGCGCGUAUAUAAUUUCGUAAGAUUAAAAUUGAGUUUGAUUUAAUAUAAACAGAAUAUCGUAUCUAGAGCUUGUUUACAGUGUUCUUUUUUGAUUUCGCCGAUUCCAAACUGAUUUUGAAUACGUGAACAAAAUAGUUGAACUAAUAUUUUUUAUUUAUACAUCGGGUGUUAUUUUAUUUUACUAAAAAUUUCCGGAUUAGUUGCAUUAAAUUAAGAUUUCGGACGUUCAUCAAAGUUUAAUUCUUAAAUGAAAAAAUUAUUAACAAAUAAUUUCACCACUCACUUUCCGGAUAAUAUUUACGUAGAUUUUCCUUGGUUUCUUUAAUCCUCACGUAUAAAUAAAGUUGGAAACUCGAAAUCCUGAUAUUAUAGUACAAGGUGUCUCAAAAAAAGAACAAAUAACGAGUUUUUUUUUUUAAAUAAAAUCGUCCAAAUAACGUAAACUUUAGAUUUGACAUAACCCGACAUGAAAAAAUCCAUAGGUGUGAAAUAGGGACUGCGUGAAGGCCAAAUCACGAACUCAUAGCCACGUGUGAAGCUGCUCCGUCCCACUGGAACCAUGUUCUUUGGUUAAAACCAUUGAAGUUUCACAAUUCAGACACGAAGAAGUCGACUAACAUCUGCACAUAAUGCUCUGAAUUCAUUUUAACUGUGCCAAACGGGGUUUCGGAUGUUUAUGUUGCAUGUAACAAUGACCUUCUUCCGGAAACUUUGGAAAGCGCUUAGUCAUCUGGUUUACGAAGUCAAGCCUCUGAUUACUGGUGCUUCAUUUCUUGUACCGACUGAAUUUUGUAAAAGUGCAUCUCCAAAAUGUAUUUAAAGCAACAAUACGCUUCCGAAUAGAGUCAGGCUCGUCACGAACAGACAGAGCAAGACUGUCAACGUUUUCGACCGUUCUAGAAGACUUUGGACGCCCGGAUUUUGGUUCGUAUUCGUUUUCCAAUUAAUUAACCGCCUGAAUCAUUAUUUAAACAACGAAAAAUGCAUAAAUUUCUACGCCGAAUUACCUUUUGAUUGACAUAGCUGCGUUCACGCAAUAAACAAUACUUUUUUGAGACACCUUGUAUCUGUCAGAGAUCAAUUGAAGUUUCGGGGUUUAGUACCGUAGUAAAUAUUAUAAAGAAACUGGUUUGAACUUUUAGUAGCUUCUUUUUAUCAAAAUAUUGUAAAAAAAUGUACAAACAACUUGAAGGAAAAAGAUUUAAAGCGCAUACGAUCUAAAAGUGUAUUUCAGAAAAUCGAAACAUAUUUUUCACUUAUUUUCAUUUCAUUUGCCAAGUAAUUCUCUUCCGACUCGACAGCGAGUCAAAAUUCAUUAUUUUUCCGACGUGGUGGAAACAGAUAAAAUCGUAGGACGACUUUGGUGAAACUGGAAUCUUCCUGGGAGCUAAACCCUGCGUUACAUUCAACCCCCAAAGGCAAGGAACAUUGUCUUAAUACCUGGUCGUACUCCGUUCUUUUCCGCGGUUGUCAAAAAUGCCGAUGAGGAUUUUUUUUCACCUUCCAAUUGCUAAUUCGACAAUUUUUGACUACUGUCGAUUCAAGGGCUUCGUUUCAAAGUCGUAAUGAUCAAACCAAAACGUAAUAAUUCAAUUCCAUCAGCGUAGGAUCAUCAAAUAGUCUUCUGCCCUUCACAUUCCAGGUUGUUUUUCACUUCGUCAGCCUACAACUAAACACAACUCCCUAGUAUUUGUGGGAUUUUCAAUAUUGGUUGUUGCGGUGGGUCUUCAUCUCUUGGAAUCUUCUACUUGCCGUUUCCUCAGCUAUCUUCUUCUUCUUGUCCUGAUUCUUGGUAGAUCUGAUGCACCAAGGAAUUAGAUUUGAAACUUCUUACGGUUACUUCAAAUCAUAUGAUGGAGAAUGAAGAAUAACGUUGAUGAAAUUCCAGUUCUUGCUUGGAUCUUUUAGUAAUAAGUCCUUCAUCUUUUCCGUUAGAUAAUUGACGUGGUCUUUGGAUAGAAUUCCGUGGUUUUUCCAACGAUAUUUCGUAUUUGUGCAUCGUUUUUCCGUUAUCUUCUGGCCUCUUCCUUUUACUUUCAAAGAAUAUAGCUUGUGUCUUCUUUAUGGUGCUGCUGUUCAAAUUGUACGCACGUCCUGAAGAUCUGACUCUUUGCGCCCAGUUCAUUUCAAAUCAAACAUCCACAUUUUAUGAACAUAAAAAUCACUAAGUUGCUGCCAGUCUGGGAAAACUUUAUUGACGAAAUAUGAGGUUAAUCAAAGCAUUUGACAAUGUUUGUUUUGUCAUUUUAUUCCACUGCUAAUCCAACCUCAAACCUUCACUCAAUCUUUAGCUAAUUAUAGACCUUUUGAUAUGUUUAGGUUUCUAAACCUUUUUGAUUUUAGGUCUCUUCUGUUUCAAAAUUCUGAUUUUUUUCCAAGUAAUUUUCUUGUUUAAUCAAAAUAUUUUGAAAAAGACUUAAAGUAAAGUCGAAAAAUAGUUUUGAAACUGAAGAGACCUAAAAUAAAGAUUCAGAAACAUAAAUUAUGGACAUUUUGAUAAUUUUUCCAAGUAAAAUUUUGUAUCUAGAUAUAUUUGGUGCUUAAAGCACGUUUCGGUAAAAGUUUGCUUUUUAUUUUUUUCCUUUAUGAACCCAUGUAUGUUUGCCAAAGAUGUUAAAUGUUAUGUGUCUACCUCUUAAGAGACUGAAAAGGAACCAAUUCGACAGUUACCUUUAGAUCUCACACUAACAGAUUUAAUAUAUUAGUUAUUUAUAAGAAAUGUAGAGUUGCCACUACAAUAAAAACAUAGGUAUGUCCUCCCCUUUUAUUUAGGAAAACUUUCACAUAUAAAAAUUGCUAGAAUUAUACUUAGAAAUGUCAAAUUUUGCGGUAUUUCUUCAAGAAGAUUCUUAUUUUUCAAAAUGAAAUACAAAAAACAAUCAAGGUUUGGCCCUGAUAUAAGAAAAGUUUCUCUGCAAGAGUUGUGGUGCAUUAUUGAACUGGUUACCACCAGUUCACAAGAAAACCUCAUAAAACUUGCAAUACCAAUGAACGUAAGGUUCUUAUUUGAUAGAAGGAGAUGGGAAAAUUGUCAAGGUAUGCAACGUACUUUUCUUGGAGGGAUAUGGAAGUUUCGAUUUGAUUUGUGAAGAAAGGAAUCAUCUAUGGAGCGAUUUUGAGUUCAACAAGAAAUCAAUGUCUCUAGAUGAUCUGUGUGGGAAUACUAUGAACUACGGGGGAGCUUGCACCAUAAAAGUUUUAUCAUCUAACAUCAUAAGAAUCUGGAAAAUCUACAAAAUCGAAGAAUAUCUUGCCGGUCUUCAUGCAGGAAGGAAAAAUCUACUUUAACCUAAAAGAUUGGUUGGAAUUGUCUGCAUUGCAUUGUCCUCAAUCCUAUCAAUAGUCAAAAUAAUGAACAAGGAAAACUUCUGUUUGUUAAUCUGUCUCAAAAUUUGAUUAUUUGGGUUGGUAUUCUAGGGGAUUACAUUAUCUUCAUUCCUGGUACACUAAUGGCUAUCCAAAUUCGACUAUAACCUGCCGGAAUAAAAACUGUUGUUUUUUAUUCAACAAAAUAGAGCGCCACUACAUUUUAUUGACGUUUUCUAAUUUUUAAACCCUAGUAGAUCGUUAAAUAAUCAUCCUAGAAGGUCCUAUAGAUCCCAAAUAUCUUCAAAAUAUCAGCAAUUGAAAAAUGGAUUAUACGGAAACAUUAUUUAUACAAACUCGAAAUAUUUUAUAAAACAAUAUAAACUAUUGCGACAGAGCAUAAAAUAUGGUACCUACGAGACCACAAAGGCUCAAUAAAGAAGCUAAACUCAUUCCCGACUAACCAACGAAGAAUCUUAAUAGAAGCAUAUGAUGAUGAUGAUGAUAGAUUUUUGAUUGGAGAAAGGAAAACUCACUCAAGCAUAACUUCAAUUUGAAUUAUUUUAAGCUGGUACUUUUAUAGUUCUAAUUUUAUUGGGAAAAUUUUCUGUAUUGGACCCCUAGAAAUCGAUUGGUUUUUGAGUAAAUGACUUUUGUUGUUGUUGUUGUUGUUGUUGUUGUGCUCGAUAUAAAUUGAAGGGUUGAGGCAAGAACUCUCACACCAAUUUCCUAUUCUGAGACUCCACUAUACAUGUGGAAACGUCUUUUUGGGAUGUGACUCCGGCUUCUCAGAACUGCUGAUGAUUCAUUUAGGCAGAGCGUCUCCCUUUUGAAUUUUAGGCGACCCAAAUACCUACCGCAGGGUGCAUCAAAGUUGGUUAAGGGUUUCUUGAUUGUUCGACGUAUAUUUGUUUUCAUUUCUGCCCUUAGCAUAUUGUUGUUCUCCCCCAACAUAACCUUAACAACAGAUUCAUCUUUUGAAUUGUAGUUUUUUCUUUGGAGACAUCCCGCAUACAUUUUUUUUUAUUUCAGUGGCUCGCAGUUAUUUUUAAUUAUGUACAUAUUAUAAGUUACUAUAGUUUUAAGGCAAAAAACAUUUUUAUUCUCGAUGAAAAUAAAUAUUUAUUUCCCAA